UGACAUGCCACUUCACGAUGAUGCCCAACAUGCCCAAUGCGUCAACACAGGACAGUGCGUCAACUCAACAAGAUUUGAGCAUCAAGGCGCCGGAGAACGUGCCGUCGCAAUAUCAUCACUUUGUUCCACAAUUUCUUCUGAAGAAUUUUGUUGAUGCAUGUGUCCCUAUUAAAAAUGGCUCGGCUACCUCUGCCGGCCGUAGAGCUGGGAAGAAAAGACGCUAUAAACCGGAUCCUACCGUCAACCGCGUGGACUUGUUCUCUGAAACGCCAGAAGUCAUAGAGAUACCAGUAAAGAGAAUACUUGGCAAGACUGACAUGUAUCGGGAUACAAACAAACCAUGUGCAGAGCAGCAGCAUGUGGAGAUGAUGUUCAGCCAAGUCGAGUCAAGGACCAGCAGAAUCUUUCGAAAUAUCACGAAAGCUUUUGAUGAAGGUCAUCGAGGCAUCUGGAUUACACGAGACGAAAGGAACCUUGUCAGAAAGUUUCUUUUCCUCAUGAAAUACCGUGGGCCAACCUUCUACGGGCGUUAUAACCACGAGACCGCAUCGGAGUACGACGCCAAUGAUAGAGAGAAGAUGCUUGAAUACAUGCAGAAGAAAGGGUUUGAAAGACCUAUCGACGUAUGGUUCGAUAACAUCAAAACCAUCAUUGAGCUGGAUAUGGAUGAUGAGUUGAACUGGAUAUCAGAACUCCCAGAACGCAUGUAUCCGGACGAUGCGAAGUGGGCCAUUAUGCAUUGCCAGUCCUUUUUCAUGGCCAUAUGCACCCCUUCUAAUGCUCAAGAUGAGUUCCUUCUUACCGACAACUGCUACCAUGUUUCCGAAGGGGCCUUUCAAUGCUUCGUCAGCCUGGAGACUGGAGAGUCUAAAGAAGGGGCUUGGACGAACUUCCACGAGUUUGCUCCCAUAUCUCCGAAGCUAAUGAUUGUGCUUCGGAACUUCAUACUUCCAUCGCCAGAGGAAGACUCUCUCCCCGGAGUCAAGGCUGAGAAAGAGAUGCUAUGGUCUCUGGCAGUAGAGAGGUUCCACGGAAGCGAUGUCAAUUCCACCCUAGCCGAUCUUCCAAUCACGAAACCCGACAACAAUUAUAGCCAUAAAACAAAGGGUAUUUUACAGUUCCAAGAUGAAAAUUUUUCUCUGCAGCGUCAUCACAAAUUUUUCUUCAGCUUUUUCCCCAUCGACACACACCAUGUCAACAAGAUCCACUGUGUGUUCCUGGAUAAUGCGAGCUCCUGCACCAGCGUGAUAUUCCGAUCCAAGGAGUCUUUUCGCCAAACUCUCGAGUGGUAUCUCACGGAGCCUGGUUGGGUCGGAAAGCGUGUCACUUCUCUUCCGGGUGACGGGAGACGCCUCUAUUUGCUGAAGCUGGCUGCAGUGUUGAAACAAUUGGGCUCCGACAAGGAACCUACUUGGGAAGAAAUUGACGUUUCAAAGAUAAGAAAUGACAUCAAGCAUCAAUUAUUACAAAAGGGAUUAUUUGAGUUGUUUCCUGAACUCCUAGACUGCAUUCCAGAUGAUAACUCAACCAAAUUCAUGCAGAUUUACAAUAGUCUAGGUGGAUCUAAGCAAACGAUUAUAAAAGAUUUGAGGCAGGUUUACUUGAUGAUGAGAUUGCGGAUCAAGAUUGAUGUGUGGUCGAAGGGGCUGGACGAAACCUUGCGGGAGAGAAAUCGCAAUCUCCUCAUGGACGCAUACACUCGACUUCCCUCUCAUCGUUUCUGGUUGUACACAAAACACUGGAGAGACACAAUUGUACGACGUCCAGGUGACCGGCGCUUCGAGGAGAACGCCCAACCACAGAACGUCAAUGACGAAGGACCCGAAGAUAUAAUCGCCAGAGCGCAACAUAUCAUUAAACCUAGCAAGCUGAAUAUCCUAAUGAAAGUUGCCGUUGACAAUGACAAUAAGUUGAAGAAGAAGCCAGGUUAUGAGCUAUCAUGGAAAAUCACAAUGGAUGAGAAUGGCGCCGAGAAUUUUAGGAUGAUUCGGAUCCUUGCCUUUAACAGUCGUAUACAAGAAUGCGGAAUCCGAGACAUCGAAACACUCGCAACAAAGUGUCGAGAGGCGGUGGUGAACGAACUCGGCUUAAGAAAGGGAGCAUCUAACCACCCCCUUUUCACAAAAAGUGAGAUUAUUGAGCUGUUCACGAGAAUGAGGGUACAGCAAAAGUUCCAGAGUACUUUAAGAGGCAGGUUGGAAGCAAAUGCGUUGAAUGAUUUGAUGAAGACUUUUUUCGAACUGAUAUACCCUUGCCCAGCGAAAGUAUUAUACCUAUAGGUAGUUAUCACUGGCAUUAGCGAUUCAUAGCAAGCAAACU